AUGUCAACUGAAAAUAAUUCAACUUUAAAAAUAAUGGCACUUGGUCGUCCAUUCAAACUUGGCAUGCUUUAUGACUAUAGAACCGAUCAACUUAUUUCUGAUACAUCAUUGUGGAAUUCGAAUCCAUCAUCAGAAUAUAUUAAUUGUCAGCCUUUAUCAUGGAACAAGUGUGAACUUUAUAUAACAGAUUCGUUUACAGAAAAUGCAGAUCUAUUAGGAAUUGAUAACAAUCUUAAAUUGAGUGUUCUAGCUAAUCUUGUUCAAUUAUCUGAUUCAGCAAAAUUAAUCGAUAAUCAAGAGAAAAAAAAUCAUGUUCUACGAUUUAUUUUAAAAUAUUCAAUAAAAAAACGAAUUCAUGCAUUAACAAUGACUUGUAUCAAUAAAAAUUAUACAAAAUAUAAAGAAAUAUUGAAUCAACAAAUUGCUACUCAUGUUGUUACUGAUAUUCUUUAUGGUGGUGAAAUAUUUUUUGUAUUUGAUCGAAUAUUAUCUGUUGAUGAAAAUCGUAAAAAUAUUGAAAAUAGUAUCAAACUAUUUUUGAAAAAAAUUGAAACAUUUCAAAUACUCGAUAAUGGUGAAUUAGAUUGGAAAAAUCAUGAGAAAAAACUAGCUGAAACAUUAACAUGCCAAUGUUAUAGUGAUUUUCAAAUCCAAACAAAUCCAACAACAUUCGAAGAAAUAGUUAAAUUGUAUCAAGAAUUAUCAAAACUUAUUCAUCAAAAUACUGAUAAUACAAUACCAAAACAAGUAUGGAUGUAUCCACUUUAUUUAUUAGAUGAAUUUCAGUUAGCAAAGAAAAAUUUUUACGAAAUUAGUAAUGAUAUGCUUAUUAAAAUUUUAGAACUUUUCAAUAAUUUAUAUCGAUUAAAAGUAAUUUUCAAUAAUUUAAAAAUUAGCUUAUCAUCUAUGCAAAUGUUCUCUCGAACUGAACAACAAUUGUUAACAUAUUUUACUCAAUUAUCUGAAAUUGAAAAUCAUCUAAGAAAUCAUUUGAUGCAAUUAUUACCUAAAAUUCGUAGUGGUUCUAUGAAUGAAAUAGCUCUUAAUGAUCUAUUUAAAGAUCUUGAUUUAUCUUCAUCUAAUCAACAAAGAUUAAACGAUUGGAUUCAAUUUAAAACAGAUGAAAUAAAUAUAUUUAAGGAUUUUCGAAAUGAUUUAAGAAAACAAGAUAAUAUUCAUCAAUUAUCAUGUUCAUUUGAUGAAGUUCAAAAUCAAUUUAAAUCUAAAUUUAUUCUUCGUUUAAUAAUUCACGUUACAGAAAAGAAAGAUUCAUUUUUAAAUGAAAUAUUUCAAUAUAAUAAUAAUGACAUAACAAAACCAAUAAAUCAAAAUACAAAUCAAGAUUAUUGGUUUAAUGAAAAUAAUUUGUCAUUAAUACAAAAUCAAAUUUCAUUGUUUAUUGAAUUUGCUCGUUUCAAUUAUUCUAAACCAAAUAUUGAAUUUAUUGUUAAUGAAGAAUAUGCUGAUGAAUUUCAAAUGAAUAAAGGAGUAACAUCUAUUCUUUAUCAAAAUGGUAUUCCUAUCAAUUUUAAAAUUCCAAGUAGACCAGAACAACCACAUACAACAAAUGUUUCAGAUCAUAGUUUAACACUUCAUUGGUCAAAACCUAUCCACGGAAGUCAAAGUAUUGAACAGUAUAAGAUUUAUAGUAGAAAUACUUCAAAUUAUAAAUGGAAGUUAUUAUUAACUACUAAAGAUACAACAUUAUCUGUGAAUAUUCCAAAUCUUAUGAAAAAAAAAUAUCAAUUCAGAAUACAAGGAACUACUUUUGUAGGUGAUACAGCUGCAAGUAAUGCUAGUGAUAUAAUUGGCUAG